CAUUGCUUUCAGGCCAUGAUUAAUUGGGUGAGGACAGGUGAGUGGAACACACCUGUAAUCUCACGCGCCAUGCCUUCUCCCAUUCCCGUCACGCGCCUGUUACCGAAGGACAUCUAUCCAUCAGUGGACAUCGCUGCCUGCAGCAGCCCACUCUUCCAGCUGUCCCACGGGUCCACGCUGCAGGUGCCCCCCAUACGGUUGCACGGUAAGGUCGGCAGCCGCCUGUGGUCCUCCGUGAUCCACUGGGAGCAGCUGCGCUCCGUGGAAGCCGUGGGAUCCGGAGGCUUCGGCUCCGUCUACAAGGCGGAGUAUCUCGGGGGAACAGUUGCGCUGAAGAAAGUGAAAAAGAACACAAAGAACAAGCUGGCCUCCCGGCAGAGUUUCUGGGCCGAGCUGAACGCCGCACAUCUGCACCAUAAAAACAUCGUGCGCGUCAUCGCCGCAAGCACGUGCGUGCCGGUGGACUUCGAAAAUGAAGGCAGCAUCGGAGCGAUCGUGAUGGAGUUCGUGGGCAGCAGAAAUCUGCAGCAGAUCAUCUAUGAGAGCUCGGAGCAGCUCGGGGAGGACAGGUGGCUGAAGUACUCCACAGACAUCGUGAAGGGGUUGAGCUUCCUUCAUUCCCACAGUGUUGUUCAUCUGGACAUCAAACCCGCCAACGUGCUGGUGUCACGCGGAGAAGUGUGUAAAAUUGCCGAUUUUGGCUGUUCCCUGAAGCUGGACCGUGACUGUGAAGUGAGCUCCAUCAGCCCUCAUCUGAGCCAUGGAUGUGGCACAUACUCUCACCGAGCCCCGGAACUGCUCAGAGGCGAGCAGGUGUCUCCUAAAGCGGACAUCUUCUCUUUUGGGAUCACCAUGUGGCAGCUUCAGACCAGAGAGCCACCCUACACGGGCGACAGGCAACACGUCCUGUAUGCGGUUGUGGCGCACAAUCUGCGGCCGUCUGUGCGCGAACACGCUGUGUUUAUGUCCCCUGAAGGGAAGCGGUGUGCGGCGCUGCUGGGCCGGUGCUGGAGCGCAGAGGUCCGCUGCAGACCCAGCGCCGACGAUCUGUUGCACCAGCUGGAGCUCCUAAGAUCGCCCCGGUGAUUCUAGUUUUAUUGUUUAGGACUUUUCGAAAGUUCCAGUGGAGUUUAGAUGGAGCUGUGCAGCGACGUCCUCACAGAAGCAAGAACUGCGCUUCCAGUUCGGACACAUCCGGACUAUUUAAAGACUGUAUUUCUGCCUUCUAAACAGUCUUCAGCAAACUCUAACCUUGGUUCUAAAUGUCUUGUGAUUUAUUUAUUUUUAUUUUUUUUUGUAUGCCACCUAAAAUUAAAUGUUUUCAUUAAAAUUAUUUUUAUAGCUUUUAAAA